CAUGAGAUCACUCUACUUUUUUACCUGCACUAGUUCCCUGAGACCCCUAGACGUUAGUCCUGCUACCUAUUAGUCCUGCUACCUGUUACAUCUUCCUAUUAGUCCUGCUUGUUAGCUUCAGCCGUUGCCUGUUCUCUGUCCCAUUAAGCUCAUUGGGACCAUUGCAGCGCGUCCGCGUGAUUCUUUCGAAAUCGUAGGCCACUGGGUUGCCAUCAGGCGGUUACCUGCCGUCACAAGCGGACCUCCAUUAUUAGGAACGGUUCACAUUUAUUGAUAAAAAAUGGCAUCGUCACUGCGCGUGGCCACUCAUAUGGCUGCUGCAUCUUGCUUCAACCAACGGCGUCACGCCUGCUCUCAGCAGCUUACAAAAGCCUCGGGCCUCUUCCACCCCCUUACAAACCGACGAUCGUCAAACAGCUUCAGACUAGCCGUUGGAGCCUCCCAGUCCUCCCGCGUUCAAUGCACUCACGUGCGCGAUGUGAACACGGAGGAACUCGAUCACCUCGUGACCGGCGAGCGAGACACGCCUCUGGUGAUCGACUUUUGCGCCGAUUGGUGCGGGUCGUGCGAUAUUCUGUCUGAGCAGCUUGAGGAGUUAGCGGAGGAGUACGAUGGUCGCGUGCGGUUCGUCCAAGUGAACACGGAUCAGGAGUACGACCUCGCAGAUCAGCUGGAGAUCCGUGGGUUACCGACCAUGGUGUUCAUGGGUAAAGACAAGGCCAAACGUGCCACUCGCAUUGAGGGCAUGCUUUCAGUUGACACCAUCAGGCAGCUGAUUGAUGACGUUGCUGAUCUCCAUAGCUAGAGAGAUUGACGAGCUACCGAAUAAAAUGGUUGGAAUGUUUAUAGCAGUAGUCUACCUGUUAUAUAUGGCUGACAUUGAUUCGGCAGGAAGGUCAAGAUGCGCCUAGAGAAUUAUGUGAAUGAUUGUGAUGUGUGAGGUCAUGGAAAACAUAUGUGCAGUACUA